AUGCCUCGAUCUUUUCGUACAGGUGAUUUGAUUUUUAACCCUGAAGUAGAGAAGACCGCGCGUAGAACGAGGAAGGAAAUCAGACAGCUCAGAGAGGAGCACUCCAGUGCUACAUCUCAGAGACCUGAGUCAGGAGUUGAACCAACAGAUUCAUUUGGUGACACUUCGAGUGAGGAGCCGUAUAAGCAUCUGCAGGAGUUUGAUGUCGUGUGCAACAGUAUGAAGCCCCCGGGCAUUACAGAAGAGCAGAUAAAAAUGAGGGCAUUUCCCUUCUCCUUGAAAGAUUCUGCGAAGGACUGGCUGGCUGCAAGUCUGAGGAAAGAAAUUUGUGGGAUCAAGCAGCACCCAGGGGAGUCACUCUAUGAGUAUUGGGAACGGUUUAACUUCUUGUUGCACAAGUGUCCCCAGCACCAGAUAAGUGAGCAGUUGCUCAUUCAGUAUUUUUAUGAGGGGCUCCUUUUUGGGGACAGGAGCAUAAUUGAUGCUGCAAGUGGAGGGGCACUGGUGAACAAAACCCCUCAAGAAGCACGGGAGUUGAUUGAGAGGAUGGCAGAGAAUUCACAACAAUUCGUUACGAGAGAGGAUUGUCCAAUACGCAGGGUGAAUGAGGUAGAGACACCCUCCAUGCGGCAGCAGCUAACUGAGUUGACCGCGUUUGUUAGGCAACAGGCUGUGAGAAAUGCAUCACAAGCCAGGGUAUGCGGAAUUUGCACUGGUAUAGGUCACUCUGCAGAUAUGUGCCCAAUGAUUCAGGAAGAAACUGCAGAACAGCUACCAGGGUACCAGCAGCAAUACCAAUCCCGACCACCUCCGCCCCCAAGCUCUGGUCAAUCUUUGGAGGAGAUGAUGAAACAAAUGAUGACAACCAUGGCGCAAAAUCAACAAAUGAUGACAACCAUGGUGCAAAGUCAGCAAAGGACGGACUCCGAAAUGCAGGAUAUAAGGAAUCAGAUAAGUCAAAUGGCCACAACAAUCAGCCGUUUCGAUUCCCAGAACCAAGGGAAGCUGCCAUCUCAACCUGAGUUGAACCCGAAGAAUGUGAGCGCCAUGACCCUGAGGAGCGGGAAGGAAAUUCAGGGGCCUGAACCUGUGAUCCCUAAGGAUAAGGAUGAGGAAAAGAUCGAAAAUGAGCUUGAAAGGGAGGACAGCAAUGGUGCAGACCCAAAGGUUCUUCCUGACCCAGUAAUUACAGCUAAAACUAACCCGCCUCCUUUUCCUAGCAGGUUGGAAAAAUCGAAGAAGCAGGAUAAGGAAAAGGAGAUUUUGGAGGUUUUUCGCAAGGUUGAGAUAAAUAUCCCCCUGUUAGACGCAAUCAAACAAGUACCAAAAUAUGCCAAAUUCCUAAGGGACUUGUGUGUCAACCGAAGGCGAUUGAGGGGAGAUGAACGGGUUAUUGUUGGGGAGAAUGUGUCAGCGGUCCUGCAGAGAAAGCUUCCACCCAAGUGCGGGGACCCAGGUAUGUUUACUAUCCCCUGUAGGAUAGGGAACACUGUGAUUAGAAGGGCCAUGUUGGACUUGGGAGCAUCAAUUAAUGUCAUGCCUAAAUCUAUAUAUGCUUCUCUAAAGCUAGGUCCAUUAAAAGAAACUGGAAUAAUCAUUCAAUUAGCUGACCGCACUAAUGCAUAUCCUGAUGGGUUGGUUGAAGAUGUGUUGGUGAAAGUUAAUGAUUUGGUGUUUCCAGCUGAUUUUUAUGUACUUGAUAUGGAUGAUGAUCACUCCCCGAUCCCUCACCUUUGUUGUUAG